AUGUCGUGUCUCACUUCACGGCCAACGACUGUCAACAGUCGACUUUUCUUCAGCAGGACUAGUCCAGUCCAGGGCUAUGUCGCCUCGGAGGUGCACUCAGUUCUGUUGCAGCGACCGCAAGCACAGUGCUGGAGCUGCCGCUACCCACGAGUGACCGAGGCACUCACGGGGAUGCGAAAAGUUUCCGCUCUCUGCAUCGGUGUGAGGCAGUGGCAGCGGCGGCGGGUGCAUCGAGUCGAGAAGCAACUUGCACCAAGCGAUUUCGCUCCGAAGUUUUCAAGCUGGACUGAUUCUUGCGGUACUGCGCAGUAUCGUCAGCGUACGAGGACGCGGCAGCUACCCGUGAGUCGAAACCGGUGGUGGAUAGGUCCGAAACCUGCAGCGGCCCACUUUGCAUCAAGGAUCGUCUGCCUUGGUGAGUCUUCGUCCUCAAAGUUGCGGGCGACGCGAGCAGCAAGUGUACCGGCACUGGGCCCGGAUCCUAUCCUGCAGGCGAGCGCCAGCGAGAUCGUUGAAAAGGUCCAGACCGGCACCUGGACGGCAAUGCAAGUAGUCGAGCGCUAUCUCCAACGACUGCAAGAGACCGAACCUCAUAUCCACGCUUACAUCAAUGUAGAUGAACAGUUCGCACGAGAGCAGGCUGCCCUGAUUGAUCAAAAGCGUGAACGCGGCGAAGCACUCGGACUCGUCGCUGGUGUUCCUAUCUCCAUCAAGGAUAACCUGUUGACCAGGGCGCUACCGACGACCGCUGGAUCGCUUCUGCUGGAGAACUACCAACCUGCGGAAGACGCGACGUGCGUCCGACGCUUACGAGAACAAGGUGCGAUUAUUCUUGGGAAGACGGCAUUAGACGAGUUCGGCAUGGGGAGUAGCUCGGAAAACUGUGCGUUUGGGGUGGUGCGCAAUCCUCGAGACCUCACCCGGGUCCCAGGUGGCUCGUCUGGUGGCAGUGCAGCUUCUGUGGCAGCGAGCUCGGCGCUGCUGUCACUCGGUUCGGAUACUGGCGGCUCUAUUCGCCAGCCAGCAGCAUUCUGCGGUGUGGUCGGCCUUAAGCCGAGCUACGGCCGGGUCUCCCGCUAUGGACUCAUUGCCUACGCGUCGUCGCUGGACACGGUGGGACCUAUAGGACGCUCGGUGGAGGACAUCACGCGCUGCCUGGCGGUGAUCGCUGGCCCCGAUCCGCAUGACCUCACUACACUCGCGGAUACCGGAAUAUCCCUGGACGCGCUCCCGGAUAUCGAAGAGGCACUCGUCGAAGAGCGCAAGCCGCUUGCAAACAUUCGCCUUGGCGUCUGGACGGAAGCGCUCGAGAUGCCGCAACUAGCAUCGGAGGCGCGCCUGGCUCUCCAGGAGGCCAUCGCAACAUUUUCGUCGCUUGGUGCUUCCGUGGUGCCGGUGUCGAUGCCCAGCUUCCAGGCAGCAUGUGCGGCAUACUACAUCCUGGCUUCAAGCGAGGCCAGUGCAAACCUCGCUCGCUACGAUGGUGUUCGAUACGGCGUCCGGCAAGAUGGCGCUCGUACAGCGGCAGAGAUGACACGUCGUGUACGGACUCGGGGCUUUGGCCCCGAAGUGAAGCGACGCAUCAUGCUGGGCACCUUUGCGCUCUCCGCCGGCUAUGUGGAUGCCUAUUAUCGACGAGCCAUGCAGGUUCGACGGCUUGUUACCGAUGACUUUUGGCGCGCUUUUCAGCACUGCGACUUUUUGCUGAGCCCGGUAUCGCCUACCGGGGCGUUUGCGCUGGGCGCGAAAGCCGGCAUCGACCUCUACGCUGAAGACGUCCUGACGGUACCCGCCAGCCUCGCUGGUCUGCCAGCGUUGACGCUACCAGCGAAUCCCAGCGCUCGUCUGCCAACCGGCAUGCAGCUCAUUGGCCGUUUCGGUGAUGACGUCGGUGUUCUGCGUCUCGGACGGCUCUACGAACGGGUCGCGGGAGCGGCAAGUCUCGCAAACGCCACCUGA